AUGUAUGCGUUAUUGAAUGAACCAGCAUACCAAACGGUAUCCAAAGACCCCACACCUUCCGUCCAAAGACAGAACAACUCGCUCAUUACCAGAUUGCUCAAUCUCAAGCUCAUCGACACUAAAACAUCUAUGCGCCUAAAAUCAAAUACAGCUGUAUGCCCACGCAUAUACGGACAACCCAAAGCGCACAAACCCAACUUGCCACUGCGCCCGGUGGUCCCCAAUAUCACAGCACCGACAUAUCAACUUGCCAAGUUCAUAGGCAGUAUACUAAAAUCAUCAUUCCACAGUGAGUACAACACACCCGACAGUUUCCAGUUCACCGAGUAUAUACAACAGGUCACCCUUUCACCUGACUAUGUCCUAGUGUCGUUUGAUGUGGUCUCUCUGUACACAAACAUACCAACAGAGCUGGUCACCCAUGAUAUCAUCAUGGACUGGCGUAACAUUAAAGUUCACACCAACAUUAAUUUGGAUUUGUUUCUCGAGCUAGUCGAGUUUUGUAUUAAAAGCAGUUACUUCAGAUUCCGGGAAAAACACUACAAGCAAACGUUCGGCACAGCCAUGGGCAGCCCCCUAUCGCCCAUUCUAGCUGAUAUUAUUAUGGAAAACUUACUACAAACUUCAAUCAAACGACUUCCAUUCACCAUUCCGGUAAUCCGCAAAUAUGUUGACGAUCUAUUCUUGGCGCUCCCCAAAGACAAAGUACAACAAACUCUGGAUACUUUUAACGCAUACAAUCAACAUCUACAGUUUACAAAAGAAGAGGAGAUCGACAACAAACUUCCGUUCUUAGACACAGUAGUAACUCGACAUUCAGACCAAACACUAUCUACACGCUGGUACGCAAAACCGAUAGCAUCAGGCCGUCUUCUGAACUACCAUUCUUUCCACCCGCUAUCGAUGAAAAUGAACGUCGCUCAACAAUUCAUUAAAAGAGUGACUGGUCUCACCACGGAUAACUGCCCUAACUUGCAGCAAAAUAUAAUUUUUCAACAUCUCCGUAGGAACAAUUACCCAUCAUCACUCAUCAACAGACUUAUAUCCCGCAAUGCAAAAAUAUUCUGCCCCUCCAAUAACUCUCAACAACCGGAUAAAAAUAAAAAUGCAUCUAACACAAGAGAUCCUCCCAACGAUAGCAGUCCGUCCACCGACCAGGUUUACAGAUCACUGCCAUACGUACCAUCACUCAGCACAUCUAUAGUAAGCAUUCUAAAAUCCGAUUACCCAAAUGUUAAAAUAGCAUCAAAACCAAUCAGCACCACAUCCAAACUAAUGCUGAACGUCAAAGACCCCGUAGAUCCUCUGUUGCAAUCUAAUGUCAUCUACAGUCUGCCUUGUGGGAACUGCCCAAUGUACUACAUAGGAAUGACACGGAAUCAGCUCAAAACAAGACUGUACGGCCACAAAACCAACAUAAACCAGUAUGUACGAUUAAAAACCGACGGCGCAAUCACCACCGACGAACAGCUGAUCAGUCUCGGUGAGAAAACCGCUCUCAUCGAACACAUGAUCAAAAACGACCACAAUUUUGAUCUCACCAAAGCUAAGAUCAUUGAUAAAACCUAUCGAUCGACGGCUCUACCAAUACUUGAAAUGUGCCACAUCUCAAACACCGCCAACACCGUCAACCAUCGCACCGAUGUAGAUGGUCUCAACACUACCUACGCCGGCAUCCUACACACACUGAAAACGACCAGCACUCGAAGGAAUAGAAACACAGAAACCAGUGAUGACAGUUGUUUUGGCUCACAAUUGAUAUCAAUCCCUCCAUACGCAAUCAGUGGGUCACCAUCUUCAAACCAGACGUUGGACCACUUCGUGCAUACAUAG